AUGAAGCGGUUGUCUGAACUUCUUAUUUUCGCGUCUGUUGUGCUGGCCCAGGACCCGGGUCUGCCCAAUGCCAACCCAAACAUCUCUUACUGGCAGCUGCCGCCUUUGGAGGGCGUGGCAGACCACCAGUCCGCCCAGUUACCCACCGAUGCCGACAUCGUCAUCAUUGGCUCCGGCAUCUCGGGCACCAGUAUUGCAUGGCAUCUGAUCAAGGAGGCCAACAGGACCACGCCGCUUCGGAUAGCCAUGCUCGAGGCCCGGCAGGGCUGUUCCGGCUCCACUGGCCGGAAUGGUGGACAUAUAGGCCAUCCUCCUACUCCGAACGGGCGGCUCGCUGCCGAGGCGCGCGUUGUGGACAGCAUGGAUGCCUUCUUUGACGAUGCGCAGUGGAAGACGGCCGUCCAGCAGAUGGAGGUCUUGAAGAAGGAGGUCCCCGACAUUGCUAAAGACUGGGCUGUUUUCGAGAGAGAAGAGGCUCGCAACAUAUCUCUCAUCCCCGAGGUCACAGGAAUCAUGACCGGCACAGCAAAGAUGGCGGGCGCUAUCUGGCCCUACCGAUUCAUAACCCACUCCUUGAAGUCGCUCCUGGAAACAUACCCAAGCUUCUCCCUGGACACCAACACCGCCGCUCUGAACGUGUCCUCACUCACCGGUCCGUCGUCCUCUUCCAACUACGAGGUGCUCACGACCCGCGGCAGGAUCCAGACCAAGCACGUCGUCUACGCAACCAACGCCUGGACCCCACACUUCGUCCCAGGGCUGCAGGGCGCCACCAGCGGCGGCCUCCUGCACAUGAGCGCCCAGCUUGGCGGGAGCGGCCUCCCCAAGGCGGGCGCACUCCCCGGCGGCCGCGCGUGGUCCUUGUUCCGCAACGGGCUGGACUACGUCGUGCAGAUGCCGCGCAACGGCGAGUACAUGUUCGGCGGCGGCGCGGGCGGCGAGGGCGAGGGCGGCCCAGGGGGCAACUCGACUGCUCUGGAGCGACAGCGGGCCGCCCAGUCACGUCACGGCGUCGUACCUCAACGGCGCGCUGCCCAGCUACUUCGGGCCGCGGCGGGCCCCAGUGUUUACCCUGGCCGCACCAAGCGCGUCUGGGUGGGCAUCGAGGGCGGCUCGAGGGACUCGCGGCCGUUCGUGGGGCUGCUCCCUCAAUCUGCCGCGGCGCGGCCCGUCAAGAACGCGUCGGCUGUCGGUGAGUGGGUUUCGGCGGCGUUCGAUGGAGAGGGCAUGUGUUUCGCGUGGCUCUGCGGGCGGCCACUCAGCCAGAUGAUUGCGAGCGGCAAGGCUGGUGGUCAGGAGGCUGCGGGCGUGCCAGAGUGGUUCCCGCGGUCGUUCCUGGUUACCGAGCAGCGCUUGGCUAGUCGGAAUGUGACGCGCAGGGAGGCGCAUCACUGGAUGUAUCCUCGCAUGGCGAAGGCAUUGUCGUGGGAGAAUUGA